AUUCACUCCUACCACAACCGUGGCGGAGAUUCUCGAUGACCUGACAGCCGAAUUGGGGCUACUCAAAGCAAAGCGCAUCCACACCUAUGCCUUGUACGAAGAUUGCCAGGAGUAUGGGUUGAAGAUGAUUGAUUCGUCAUCUGUGCUUGCUUCCGUGUUGGCUAAGUGGGAGAGUUUCGGUCGCAGAGGUAUUCCUACCGGUACUUGGGCGGUGUGCAUGCGCAUUCAGUGCUAUGCCGAGACGACCGAAGACUCGCCUCUGGAGAAGGAGAACGACCUCACGUUCUAUCAGACACACGACUCGUUCCUACGUGGAUGGAUCCCCUUCAAUGAGCUGCAAUCGCUCAAGCAGGCGGCAAUCUACCUACACUACCGUUUCGGAGACCGACCGCAACAGUUCUCAUACGAGGCUACCCCUGCCCUUCCCAACGGGUUAUUCUCUCUCAUUCCACAGCGGGUUGUACUCGGGAAGUACGGUGAAUCCGGACUGCGAGAUGCCAUCAAAGCCGUGACACAGGGUGGUAUGAGUUGGAGCAGUGACGAGCUGUUGAAUAGUGCAGAGAGCUUGGGCGUAGCCAGUCCUAACUCAGACUUGGCAUCCGCACAGAGCAAGGGCUUGCGAAUGACUAUGAAGAAACUGCGUGGAAGUGUAGCUAACAAGAAGGAAACCAACCGCGACUCCAUGGGAAGUGCCCACGGCUCAGACAUGAACUCAGCAUCAAGUGGUCUCAAUGCAGGGGUAGGGGAGGAGAGGAAGGCUCGCUCAGGGCUUAUGCGUACACUGAAGAAGAUGACCCUCCGUAAGGAUGUACAUAGAGGUCAGCCUAUCAAGGAGCUUCUGUUCAACAUUGACCAGCAAUGGAUGGCCCUGAGUGGUCUGAGCAAAAGUGAAUCAGCUGAGAUCUACAUGGCUGCCGCCACUCGCAGCCCCGCUUAUGGCUGUGCGAUGUUUGAGAUUGAGUACUACAGCAAAGACACCAGGGAAACUAUGGGUGUUACAUACGACCAACUGAAUAUGAACCGCAACCGAUGGCUGGCAGUGAGUCGUAAGGGAUUGGAGAUUCGCGUGCGCAACACAGCCGCGACGGAGAUCAGCAUACCUUACGAGGAUAUCGUGAGCACUGAACUACCCGAAAGGAAUGCCUUUGAAUGUGCCACGACGGAAGAGGUGCUAGUGUUCCUAACACACGGGGAUGAGCACUAUGAGAUCAACAAACUCUUCACAGCUUACCUAAGCAGUGACUAGUCCGAGCCUUAGUUAUAAUAUCUCGAGAAUAAGAUCAAGUGUCUGUAUAAUUUACAGUCCUGAAUAAUAUAACCAAUUGGGGAUUCUGGGACUGAUACACC